AGCGUCGUUUCACGGUGAAAACAGCGCGGCACAGGUUUUCUUUUCCUCUCACGCGGCACGCAUAGUCCGCUUCCUUUUCCCCGCUGUUGCAGGACCUUUUUGUGUGUCUUCUAUCUUCGCUUUAUCGGCAGAUCAGACUCGUGCGCGUUCUCUCUCGCGAGGCGCUAUACAUUAUUGUUUUGAAACCGACGUGGCAACCCGCGGGUUUUCAAGCAAUACGCUAUCUGCUCAACAGGCACAUACAGACAUAGAUUCUAUUUCCCUUCGCACUCUUCUUUGUUUUCCUUUCUCAGUGCUCUAGAGACACACGCCGGCAAAGACGCACGCAGACGGAACACCCCACACACCGCGCAUACACCUGUCGCUUUCCUCUGCGGAGUUCGCUGUGACUGUGCGACUCGAUUAUAUAUUUUUCUGUGUUGCUUUCUCGUUUGCUCGUUGGCCGCAAACACGCGAAGGCACUGCGAAGGCUGACAAGUCACACCAUAGAUUCACACCAGCGCUGCUACUGCCCUUUCCAUCGUCCUCACAAGAAGCAGCAGCUUCCUCUCCUCAUCCCACAGCACAUCCAUCUCUCUUUUAUCUAUUCCUUUAAUUGCUGUUCCGAGCUUUGUUCCCCCUUUUUUUACCUUUCUUUCACCGUUGCACGACGUCAUAGAUUUGCGGAGGAGAAGAAGAGUGGCUGCUGUGGCAUCUCAUCUCGCACUUUCCUUUGAUCAUUUCAAACUGGCAUCUCCCUCAGCGCUCCUUCACAGCGAAGCCGGAAGAGCCGCUCACCCGCUCGCGCCUGUCUUCCCACCCUCACGUUUUCCUUCGCGCAGCACCGCAACAGACAGCCACAGCGACAGCGACAGUCAACCGCGUUCGGUAUCUCAAGCAGCACAGUGGAAGAGGCGUCUUUCAACGCGCAACGCAGAUCCGAUACGUACACGCGUUGAAUACUUGAAGAAAAAAGUAUCGAGAGGGGAACCUCCGCCUACAGAACACAAAGGUGAUUUCCCGUUCUCCUUUUUUUUAGCAUCUGGAAGAGUGCGGCUUUGGAAACAUCGUUCUUUUCCGGGGCCCUUCUCAUCCUCGCAGAAAGAAGAGCAGCAACUAUACGAACGGGGGAGAGAGCGCGUAGUCUCCGUGCUGAACAGUCAAUGAGUGCGUCUCUGCAGGCUCGUCGCAGCUCCUCCCAGGCUCGCCUCACCCACUCCUCUUCGCUCUCCACCAUCACCCGCGUGUGGAACGACCGCCUGCGCAGCACGGCGAACUCGUCAUCUCGCGAGUUGGUGGACACGUGCGACGUGAUCGAGGUGACCCCGUCGCCGAAGCGCGAGUCGCGGCUGCACCGGGCGUCGCUGCUGAACCCCGCCUCCAACCGCUUCGACGCGGCGGCGACCGAUGGUGACACCGACGGCGGCCUCACCGACAGCCCGGCUGCGGCGGUGCGUCUACGUGCAUCGUCGGUGCGCUGCAGCGUAACGCGCGUGCUAGAUAGCACCCGCAGCCUCAGCAGCAGCCGCAGCACGGGUGGUCGGCAGUCGUUGGAUGUGAAAGGCUCGCUGCUGGAGGCGCAGACGAAGGGGCAGACAGCCGCCACCACCCCACGCCGCUCCGUCGAUCCAAACGAGGAAGUCGUCCUCACCAUCGCGAAGCCGCUCUUCCCCAAUACGCUGCUGACUGAAGUGCAGGACGAGAGCCGGCUGCUGACUCUCGUCUUGGACCUCGACGAGACCCUCGUCAGCAACCGCGACGCCCGUCAGUCGGAGGCGGUACUGCGCCCUUACUGCCUGCACGUGCUGAACGCGCUGCGCCACAUGAAGGAGUUGGAGAUUGUGCUGUGGACGGCCUCGACGAAGGAGACGGCCUCACCGGUGGUGGAGCAGCUGCACCAGACGGGCAUCAUCUUUGACGACGUCAUCUACCGCAACAACGUGUGGUUUACGCAGCCGAUUCACACGAAGAACUUAAAGCUGCUGGGGCGCGAUAUGGACCGCGUUCUGAUUGUCGACAACUCCGUCGGCUGCUGCAAGAUGCACCCGCGAAACUCGUUGCUCGUCGAGGAUUUCCACGGCGCGCGCCGUCGCACCGAUGCGGCGUUGGUGAACGUGUACUACGUCGUGGAUGCCUUGCUGCGCAUGCUGCGUGAGCGGGGCACGCCCGUCUGUGAAGGUCUGCGGUGCCUGAUGGCGGAAGGGCAGCUUUGUCACACGGUGAGCUACGAGCUGCCGGAGUUCUUCAAGAGCAUCCCGCUGGCGGAGGUACCGGAGCUGAAGCGGCCUCCGAUUGGCCGCUUUGUGCGCGCGAACACGGCCCCACCGAACACUUCGAUUAUGCAGCACUGGGUGUAUUAG